ACUCUGUUAUUCCACCCACACACACACACACACACACACACACACACAGGCUGACAGAGCGUUAGCCUGCCCUGUAUCUGUACUUGUUCGGGUCCAUUUAACUUGUAUCCCGACCUGACACCGGCAGAAUAACGCUGUGGCGACACCACGCUUCACUGUGAACGUCGCCUUUCUGCUGCUGUUUCUUUCGGCCUAGUCCUUGGUUGUAGCCCUGCUGGGAGGUGUUUGGUUCUACUGGUGGUCGGAGUGCCUCUCUCUCUCUCUCCAGCAGCCAUGUCGGGCUUCAACCUGCUGCAUCUAAUAACCAAGAGCCAGCCUGUAGCUCUGAGGUCCUGCAGUCUUCCCUCAGGAGCAUGUAGGACUAAGAAGACAUGGCCGGUGAGCUUCCCUCAGGAGGAGCUGAAGAAACGCCUCACACCGAUGCAGUACCAUGUUACCCAGGAGAGAGGAACUGAGAGUGCCUUCGCUGGAGGACUCACACAUCAUAAAGACGAGGGGACUUACACUUGUGUUGUCUGUGGGGCCCUGCUGUUCAGCUCGAACACAAAAUUUGACUCUGGAUCAGGUUGGCCAUCCUUCUUUGACCUCGUGAAGGAGGAGUCCGUCACCGUGUCAGAUGAUUUCUCCUAUGGGAUACACAGAGUGGAGGCCACCUGCAGCCAGUGCGGCGCUCACCUGGGACACCUGUUCGAUGAUGGACCAAGACCCACAGGAAAACGCUACUGCAUCAACUCGGCCUCGCUGGCUUUCCAGCCCAAAGACGCGGCCCCCCUCGACCCCGGCUCUGCGGCCGAGGGCGGAGCCACCAACAGCCCGGCGAGCGACGGGAAGACGGAGCUCUGAAAAACACAAGUGAACCGCCUCAAACUUACAACUGUGGCUGUGAAGAUAGAGGACGUGAUUGGUCAAGGAGGGAAGCUGCUCAGGCGAGAGAGAAUACUCCCAUGUUUAAUCUAUCACAGGGUAAAAGUGCACGCUUCCAAACAGUCACAGUCAAAGCUGCAAAACACACUGUAUCAGCUUAUUGCCUUAAAGGGAACUACUUUUUCCCUUAAUUCCCUUUAAUAUCCUACGUCUGCGUAGAAGGAUUUGGUCUGCUAAUUUAAACAUGGAUGUAGGGCUCCGUAGUAGUACACACACACACACAUAUAUAUGAAACAUAGAGCUUUUUAUAUUCUAACUACAAAUAUUUUAUUAGAGUAUAUUUUUGAAGUGAUAUUUGAUACUGAGAGGUUGCCUAUGCAAGUCCUGUGACAGACGGCAUCUUAUGGUGGACAAAUAAAGUACUGUAGUCUUGAGGUCACUUCCUGUAUUUGUUCCUUUAGUUCUUUGCAUUAGGGAUUUUUUUUUUUUCAUUUUGUGUUCACAGCUUGUAUCUAAACAGUUACUGGAUGAAUAAAAUAUCUAGAAACA